AUGAGUUCGGGCGAUUUGGACAAGUUCUUUGAGGCUGUCGACCAGCUGUCUACGGCUUUUAUUACCAGGCUGAGAGGGGCCGUUCAGAUUCAAUCUGUGUCGGCCGACCCUGCAAAGCGACCAGACCUGGAGACGAUGGCCACCUUUCUCAAGACAGAGCUUCAACUGCUGGAUGCUUCCGUGACUCUUCACGAUCUUGGAGAUCAAAAAGACACCAACCCUCCCUUGCGUCUGCCCCCCGUUGUCACGGCGCAGUAUCCGAAGCAUCAUGACAGCGAGAAGAAAACGCUCCUUGUCUACGGUCACUAUGACGUGCAGCCGAAAGGGGACGGACACUGGACUCACGAGGCCUUCGAUCUGACGGAGGACCAUGGCAAGCUCUUUGGACGCGGCAGCACCGACGACAAGGGUCCGGUCUGCGGCUGGCUGAAUGCCAUUGAGGCCUAUCAGAAAGCCGGCGUCGAGCUUCCGGUCAAUCUCAUGAUGUGCUUCGAGGGUAUGGAGGAGCAAGACUCCAGCGGAUUCUCGGACUUCAUCCAAGGAUCGGGGAAGGAUCUGUUCAAGAAUGUCGAUGCUAUUUGCAUUGCAGAUAAUUAUUGGCUGACGACCAGGAAGCCGUGUCUGACUUAUGGUCUGCGCGGAAUUGACUAUUUCACCAUCACCAUCUCUGGUCCGGGCAAGCAGUUGCACAGCGGCAUCUAUGGGGGUACGGUUCACGAGCCCAUGACGGACCUGGUGAUUCUCCUAUCGAAGCUCGUCGAUUCGCGAGGAAACAUUCUCAUUCCGGGCAUUGCGGAGCUGGUGGAAGUCGUGACCGCUAGCGAGAAGGAACUGUACCAAGAUAUUGACUACGAGAUGGAGGAUCUCUAUGCCGAUAUCCAGAGUAAGACCGGGGCCAUCUACGACAACAAAGUCGACACUCUGAUGCACCGAAUGAGGUACCCUUCCCUGACCAUCCAUGGCAUAUCUGGCGCCGAUGCCACACCGGAUCUUACAACCUCGAUUGCGCCGGAAGUGAUGGGCAAAUUCUCCAUUCGGACAGUACCGAACCUGUCCAGCGACCAGGUGACGCAGCUGGUGACCGACUUUCUCGACGGGGAAUUCAAGAAGCUUCAAAGCCCAAACCAAUACCAGGUGAAGAACGUGGGCAGUGCACCCUGGUGGCGAACAGACCCUGACGAUGCCAACUUCACGGCAGCUGGCAAGGCGACGGAGCAGGUUUACAAACAGAAGCCCGAUCUCACUCGGGAAGGUGGAAGCAUCGGGGUGACUCUUGACCUCCAGAAUGCCCUGCAAGGAAAGAAGAUUAUGCUGCUCCCCAUGGGCACCUCGAGUGACGGGGCCCAUGGGCCAGACGAGAAGAUUGACAAAGAGAACUACAUCGAGGGAACAAAGCUGUUUGGCGCUUAUUUCCAUCACUUUGCCACGCAGAGCUCAUAG